GUCGCAGUCGUUGUAGUUGUGCCCACACAGUCGCACAUACGUUACAGCAUUGCGCAACAGUUUGACAAGCGCGCGUGGCUCUCAAACUGUAAGCGCCAGCAGCUUAAAAAGAGAGCGUGAGAGUGUCAACGAUAAAAAGAGUGCAAGGUUCUAGUCCUGGCGCUGACUUGAUGCUGUGGCUGCUAUUAAGUUGUGAUUGCUGUUGUUGUUGUUACUGCUGCUGCUGCUCCUUUGUGCAACUUGUUAUUAUUAUUGUGGCUUGAGUGGAGCGCGUACAGUUCAACGCUUAAGCAACGCAGUGCCAGGGGCGGGGGUAGGAGGAAGCCCCAAGAGUGUUUGCCGACAAUGUGGAAAAUCGUUAAAAAAUAAAAAAGAAAAAAAUACAAUAAAAAAAUAAAAAGCCGUUGCGACUAGCAAACCGAAAAGCGUACUUAAGUUAAGUUAAUAGACAGGACUCAGUUUACGCAUGGACAAAGGCACAAUGAAGCGCAAGCAGAGAAGAUACAGAACCACGUUCAAUACGCUGCAGCUGCAGGAGCUGGAACGCGCCUUUCAGCGCACUCACUAUCCGGACGUAUUCUUUCGCGAGGAGCUGGCCGUGCGCAUUGAACUGACGGAGGCGCGUGUGCAGGUCUGGUUUCAAAAUCGACGCGCCAAAUGGCGCAAGCAGGAGAAGCUGGGCGUUGAUUACAAGGACGCCACGGGCUUGGAGCUGGAUGUGGAUGUGUCCUUCGACGAGAGCGCCGUGCUUGGUCAGCUGGACAGCGCCUUGGCUGCUGGCAGUGGCGGCACGCUGCUUCCGGAUACGCCGCCGCAGUCGGCCAACUCGCUGGACAACGAGCUGAAAGCGCCUUAUGGCUCCGUUGUGAUGUCACCUUCGCGUCUGUCACCCAAUAUCUUUCUAAAUCUGAACAUUGAUCAUUUGGGAUUGGAACGCGGUGGCAGCGGUCUCUCCAUGGAAUGGUCCACCUACCCGCCGUCCACGCUGUCCACGCCGCAGGAGCAGACGCCACAGCCUCAGCCAGCGGCGCUGCAACAGCAACAGCAGCAGCAGCAGCAGCAACAACAUCAGUUUGGUUCCACGCUGGAUCUGGACAUUGGCGACGGCAGCUGCGCCUAUGAUGAGAUGAAAUUCCUUGGCGUAGAUCAGUUUACCAUCGAUAGCUUCAAGGCCGACUGCAUACUGAGCAUGGAGCAGAGUCUGCCGCUCUCGCAGUCGAACAACCCGAACUCUAGUCACAUCUACGAAUCGCAGUGCCAUGCUCAGGAUAAUGGUGCACUGCACUCGCUCUGCUUGGAAGGCUUGGGCAUGGGCACGCCCACAUUUGGCAGCCUCUCGCUGCUGUCGUCGCAGGAGGAGCAACGGCUGACAGCGCCAAAGACGCCGCCUUCGCUGCUCGUGCUGGACAAGACGCUGCCAUCGUUAAGCAUGGGCGUCGAUGGCAUUGCCGAUCUGGUGGAGCAGCUGCAUCAGCAUCAGCAUAAUGUGGGCGUGUAAACCAUUUAUGCUCGCUCUAGUUGAAUUUCUG